AUGAAGAAUAAUCUUGUGUGGGCUUUAGCCCUACUUACUUUGUAUGACACCGUCGCGGCGCCAGGCCCCCUCAUCGUCACCGUGCCAGGCCCCCUCAUCGUCUCCGUUUGUGGCUUUUCUGGAGAUAAUGAGCACAUUAAGGUUGCACUUACUUUCAAGCUGGAGGAUAAAACAAUUCGUCGGCGCCUGUACAAGGCCCUGAAGAGCUCUAUGACCAUAGGAGAACUGAGGCAAGCGCUGCGAACAAAGGAGAAAUGGGUAGGAGAUCUCUCAAGCGUCACGUCUGUUCUUCCAGCAGACACGGGUAUCGACAUGUCUAUUUCGGCAGACGAAACCCACAGAAUCGUUCAGCGCGACUCCGUGACGUUGGGCGCACUGCUACGACAACAACAGGCUGCUAUGGUGGCGGAGGCGGGCGGCAAACCCAAGGCUUCCGUUGGAGGUAAAACCGAUUACUCAACCCGGUUAUCCGGGCAAAAUCCAGAUGACAUCAGUGACGCGCUUAGGCUCACGGUAACGUACUCUCCAGUGCAAGACAAAUCAAAUCCUUUGCUUGGAACUGAUUGGCAUCGAACUCGCACACUGCGGUUCGAUCCGUCCUCGAAAAGCGCUGCCGAAGAGAGGAGGAUUAAACGACUGCAAAGAUGCAUAUGUCCUUUACUAUACCGGCCCGUUUGUGGUGUCGACGGCACCACAUACAGCAACGAGUGCUUACUGAAGUGCAAUAAAGUCCGCCUGGAUCAUGAUGGACCCUGCGAAGACGGCUCUGACCCGUCCCCUGGACCGACAGAUCAGGAGAUAGCAGACUGCCCUUGCCCACUUUUGGACGAUCCCGUUUGCGGCAAAGACAAUAACACCUACAGCAACGCUUGUGUGAUGAGAUGCCACGGUAUACGCCUCGCGUAUAAAGGUCAGUGCUUGGCAGACAGUCGAAGCUCAGUUACCGGGUGCCACUGCUCUGACCGCGUAGAUCCUGUGUGUGGUAUGGAUGGAAACACGUACACCAAUCAGUGUGUGAUGCGGUGCAAUAGCAUAAAGAAGAAGCACCAUGGGGCGUGCAGCAGCAUCGGCAGUCCAGACAACUGCAACUGCUCAGACGGCGUCGAUCUCGUGUGCGGCCAGGAUGGAGUAACAUACAACAACGCAUGCUUCUUGGAAUGCCACGGCGCGUCGCUGGAUCACCGGGGAGCAUGCGAUCUCCUCCGGGGGGCAGGAACAGAAGAGGCAUGUGGCUGCAGCCUCGAGUUCCAGCCUGUAUGUGGCAGAGAUGGCCAGACGUACUCAAAUAAGUGCAUGCUCAAAUGCAAGGGUGCUAAGCUGGCUCAUAAAGGCGAAUGCAUCCCCGCAUCUGGAGAUGACACUAAGGAAUGCAGCUGCCCCCUUGUCGAGGAUCCAGUUUGCGGCAGAGACGGAACAACAUACGCAAGCCACUGCGUCAUGAGGUGCAAGGGUGUCCGUUUGGCAUACCGUGGAGAAUGCAAGCCAGAAGAUGACGAGGUUUGCGACUGUCCGAAGGAUUUUGACCCCGUUUGUGGCAAGGACGGCGUCACGUACCAGAAUAGGUGCCAUCUGAAAUGUGCUCGCGUCCGGCUCAGCCAUGGUGGUGAGUGCGAUUCCGACUCAAGCUGUCAGUGCAAGCUUGCGCGGCCAGGCGCUGUUUGUGGCAUCGACGGAAAAACAUACGAAAACCGCUGCCUUCUACGAUGCAGUAAAACGCGACUUGACUACACCGGCCCCUGCGUCAAUGACGAGAACGUCACUUCAUCGCAGCCCUCGUUGAAAACGGAAUCAAUCCCGGAGAGGGAGUGUGCAUGCCCCUACAACCUUGACCCAGUGUGUGGUCAGGAUGGCAGGACUUACAGCAACAAGUGUCUUAUGCGCUGCAGCGGAGUUAGGUGGAAACAUGAUGGUGAGUGCAGCAACGAACAGAAAGCAUGCGGCUGCCCGAAGAAGUACGAUCCCGUUUGCGGAAGAGACGGUAACACUUACGAGAAUAAUUGCCUCAUGAGAUGCGCAAAAGUCUCACUAAAACACCGGGGGCCAUGUGAGGAACAGAAGGACGGCAAUGAAGCGCCCAGCAGCUGCGGGUGCCCCCGCGUAACUGACCCUGUGUGUGGCAGGGACGGCAAGACAUACGAAAAUCAGUGUCUACUCAGAUGUGAAAAGGUCAAACUCAAGCACCGCGGGCAGUGCGGGGACGACACGUCUUCUACCUUCUGCAAGUGCUCCAAAGCUCUCAACCCGGUCUGUGGUUCGGACGGUACAACUUAUGGUAACGAAUGUUUGCUUCGGUGCGCGAACGUCACCAUGGAGCACCAGGGGCCCUGUGAAUCACAAGAGCAGGACAGCUGGACUGGAUGCAUCUGUCCCGCAGUUUGGGAUCCCGUCUGCGGAGAAGAUGGGAGAACCUAUCCGAAUGCAUGCACCCUAAAGUGCAAAAAGGCGAUUCUUGAACAUAAGGGAGAAUGCAAGGAGACUAGUCAGGCCGACUCUCCAGUCGGUGAAGCGGAUGAACGGGGUUCGGACACACAGAAUGUGGAAAACAGGAGCAGAUCAAACCUGGCAGGAAAGGCUCACGUGGCAUUCAAGAUGUCAUCAACCACUCCUAGAUCAGGAACUAUUUGGAGCAGAGGGGCCCCCGAGCCAUUCUUGAGCAGGGUCCAGUAA